AUGAAUAAACGACGAUCUAACUCACUACUUGAGAUCGAAGUCCUAGAUGUUGUUGGCUUCUUACGUCUGGAACUGCUCCGGGGAUCGGUGUCUCUUCUCAUCCGUGGCACACUGUCUGGCGGUUACACCACUUCGCUCUUUUGCAAUGCACGGCUCCUCUAUAAUAACCCCAAACUACCCCCUCCUACUUUCUCUUUAGGCCCGAAGAUCGAGACGCGCCAGUGCUGCGUCGUAAUAUUAUCGAUAUCUGGUGAUUUAUCGACUCAGGGUAUUUCACCAUAUGGACUAGAGGACAUGGAUAUCAAUAAAAUGAACAGGUUCUUCAACAAUGAUCCUCAGACGAAAAAAAAUUCUCAAAUAUAUGAUCGUUCCGAUUAUUAUUUAGAACCUUACGAAAAUAUUAAAAAAAAAAAUCUAAAAUCAAUUCAAAACGAUAGGCUCAGAUUAAUAACAGAGCACUUUUUAAAUUUUAAAAUUCAAAAGAUCAGUGAAAAAAAAAAUUUGUUCUUAGAACGGUUGAAAAAACCGUAUAUUAUUCAUCACUUUCGUUCAUUAUACAAUCCCUUGACCAAUCAAAUGUAUACAUCAAAUUAUUUGAAACCCUUUCGUCAAUCUCAUUUUAUAGCUGACAAAAAUAUUUUUAAUCAUGAUGACACAACAGUAGGAGAUACUCAUAUUGGUCAACAAAAUAACGAUCUUGUGACAUCAGAAAUAUCUGGAAACGGUAUAAUUAUUCAUCCACAAAAAGAAUCAGCUAUGCGGAAUAAGACUAAAAUCCAGACAAAUCGAGAAUCAAUAAUUGAUUUCAAUAAAGAGAAUGUUGAAUUUACUUACAGCUUCAAUGGAUUAACAGUCGAAUUUGUUGAUACUAGGUUUGCAAUUACUCCGAAUGAUCCUAAUUAUAAUAGUAGCGACAAUUAUGAUAUAAAUGAUAAGACACACAAAGAAAGUAAAAAAUUUGUAAAUUUCAAAGAAAUUAUCUACGUGCGAGUGCCUAAAGAAGAUACUCCAUCAAAUAGUAAAUUUUUAAGUGACAAUUCGUUAGUAUCGAAAAAUCAAAAAAAAUUUAAUAAUGGACCGACUCAGAUCACAUCAAAUUAUAAAAUUAUCGACGACAUUUAUUUUGUUACUCACUUUCUAAACAAUUCUCGAUUGUAUCGGCUGAAACCUAUGAAAAGAUUGUCUAACAUAGCUCAUGACGGGAUUUUGUCUGGCCCAGUGAUUUACCAAGCCAGGCUUACCAGAUGUAUCAAAUUUGGCUGA